AUGGAAGGUGAUGAAAAUCUACCAAGAGCAACUAUAAAUGCGUUUGUAAGAGAAAAUUUGAAAGGACUAAAAUGUUCUAAUGAAUUUAUUAAUUAUAUAAUAAAACUCUCAAAAGAUUACAUUUAUCAUAUAUCAGAUGAUGCAAAUAGAAUAUGUUUGUAAGAAGGAAAAAAAACAAUAUCGCCUGAAUAUAUAUAUAAAUCGUUAAGAAAAAAUUAAUUAGAUUAUUAAAUUCCUGAAAUCGAUGAAAUCAAAAAAAAGAUAAUUGAAGAAAAUUUAAGAGUAUAAGAAUAAAAUGAAUUAUUAAAAGAUCCUGAUUAUUUAAGAGAAUUAAGUAUAAAAUAAGAAUUAAUUUUUGAGUAGUCUAGGCUUAUGAACACUGCGGAAUUAAAAGGAUUAGAUAAACUUGAAAAUACUUAACAUAACUUUGAAAGUAUGGAACUUUCUAAUAUUCUUUUAGUAAAUUAAAAAUAAAAUGGGAGUGCUUCAAAAAGUUUAAAACAUAAAUAAUAAAAUAAUGAUAAUAUAGAAGAAGAAGAUGAUGAUGAUUAUGAAAAUUGA